GUACAUUCCGACCUGGCAGAAACCUUGCAGUCGCAAGGUAACUACACGCUGUUGCUCCGAUCUCUAACUUACAAUUUCUUGAGUUCUCCGAAGGCACUACACUGAUAGGAACGGCCUUAAGGGCACGACUCCAUAUGCUACCACAAUGAAUUCUUAUCCUCCGGAACUCCUCACGCAGCUUGCGCCCGUCAUGUUCGUCGGCGGUCUUGACCCUCCUCCUACAUCGGGCAAGACGACGGAUCCCUUCUUGGUGCUCUCACAUCGCCUACGAGAGGCUUUGGCAAACCAGCGAAAGGUGGCAGUUUGGCAGCCAGAGAAGAAGAAGACGUUCCAGGUCGUUCUGGUCGACAAGGACGUUCGAUUUCCUCCUCGCAGACUUAUUCCUCCAGAACACCCAGAUUAUCCAAACGCGCACUCGCCUCUAUCUCCCCUUACCCCGUCUUCACCGCUCUACCCUGACGGCCUCAUCGCGCCCAUAUGGAUCCGCAAACAUACGCGACUCGUUCCGUCCGUGUUCGUGGUGUUCAUGCGCCUCUUUGAGCAUGCACCGACGUCCCGCGCGCCCCUGGAGACCGCUGAGGAAGAUCGCGAGCGCGACGCGGAGGAGCGACGGCGGGAUACGGAGCUAUGUGCAGAGAUCGCUGGGCGGAAGAAGGUUGUGAGUGAACGUGGCGUAAAGUUGACGGUGGUGCUACUGGCCAGCAGGCGACUGCUAGAUGACCCUUCCCUGGACGGUCGCCUCACCUAUAUCCGCCGACAAAGUGGGCUUGACCCGCGUGCCGCCCUGUUUGUCCUCUCCCCCGUCUCACACUCCGAGAUCGGCGACUUCGUGCACAGUCUGCAAGAAGCCCUCUAUGAACCCGCGAUCGAGUACUACACCAACCACUCAAAGCGCGUACGGCGGAAACGCAAUCGACACUCACAGGCUGCUUCUUCCUACCCCGUCACACAGCCUAUCGGGAGCGUGCCAAGCAGACCACUCAGACCGGAGGGGUGGACGGUGCGGUACGAGUACAAGAUGGCGUGCUUUGCGGAGUUCCGAGGCGAGGACGAGGUUGCGCUUAACUAUCCUACCCCGAGGACGAAGCGGUGGGCAGAGGCGAAGGUGCUCGCGGACUGUAUCAACCUCAAGAUAUGCAAACUUUACCUCUACAAUAACGAGCACUCGCUCGCGUUAGCGCAUCACAACAGCCACAUGCGCAAGUUCUCUGACUUCUCUCGCGGGUGGGGCAUCGGCGAGGAAACGUUCGAGUUCUGGAGCUGGCUCGCGCGACAACAUCGUGCCUUCGCCGAGCUCCUGGAGCAUGGAACGCGCUCCACACUCAAGAUUCCGACGCAUUUCUCGACCACCCCGUCCUCGCAUGCGGCAGCAGUGGCAGCGGUACAAGCACUCGAGAGCGGGCAGCGUGGGGUCCUCGAGGUGGAGGCCAUGCGUGCGCUCGGCCUGAAUCCCAGUCAGGCUUUGCAGCAUCCGGGCUUCUACUACUAUAUGUCGGCAGGGUGUACUGAGAGGAGGAGAGAGCGUUUCUUGGGUGUCGCCCGAUCUGAGGCGGAGGGAGAGGCAACGACGGCGCCCCCUCCUGGGUUCAACAACGAACAGAAGGUUGAUCAUCUCGCGCUCAUACUCGAGCUCUACACCCGGGCAUACGACCUAUUCAAGGCGUACACACCAAAAGACGCGCAUGGUCAUGGCCGACUGACACUUUGGAUCGCAUACCGGAUCGCGCAGACGUACUACGAGUCUGGCAAGUUCGAUCUCGCCGUGCGGUUCUUCGAACGGAUUGCGAAGACGUACCGGCGCGAGCAGUGGGACUCACUGUUGCGCCCCCUGCUCACGACGUGGUAUUCAUGUACGCAGCAAAUGGGUGAUAUGGAGCUGAGUGUGCGGUUGUUGUUUGAGAUGCUCGGGCAUGGUCUGAAGACGCAGGACGACGACGAAGACUCCACGCAGGAGGACCUAUUGGCGGUCUUGAAGAGCUCUGUUCCGUCAUCAACAGAAGAACCAUUGGUUAUAGAUCAUUCAGAGUCUGAACCUAUAUUGGAUUCGUGCGCGGUCUUCUGGCGGUCUGACGUUCUCGUUGGCGAGCCCGUUGCAUUCCAGCUCUCAGUAACGUCGAGAACGGCGUUAUCACUGCGUUCUUUGACGUUCACGUCGCUCGUCAUACACAUGUCGGGAGAGAUGCCGACUCUCUUUGUGCGCAACUCGGCUGUGGAUCCCUCUGCAGAGCUGCUGCCUGUCCAGCGCGUGGACUUGGGACACAUCACCCCCCAGGAUGGAGACGACAGGGAUGUCGAAGGACCGCUCAGGUUCGGCGUCGGAGGCACAAUCGUCUUCUGUGGCACUGUGUCAUGCGAGGUGCCGGCGACCGUCAAGAUCGAGAGACUCGUGUUGACACUCAAGGAAGGUAAAUGGAACAUACAGAUUCCCCUGUAUCCUGCGAACACCAAACACGGUGGGGCGCCUUACCCACAAUGGCUCAGCAGUUUCGACCCGCCCACAUACAUCCCAGUGCGGAGAGAUCAAUACUCGUCUGUCGUUGUGCGUCAUCGUCCGCAUAAGGUGCAGGUGUCUGUAACGUACAAUGCACCCGCGUACAUUGGUGAAGAGUUCCCUAUCACCAUUGACGUGAGCAACCAGGAUGACAAGGAGAUGGAGAUGGUCGUGGAUGCUCUGUUGCAGCCCACCGAAUUCGAUGAGCUCGGGGAGAACUACAUUCGCAUAGGCGACGAGAAAUCAACGAGUCUCAUCAAGGGCGUUCCGCUGGGCACUAUCGCCCCUGGCGUCAGCACAUCCGUCACGCUUUACCUCUCCAGUGCAGGCGCCGUUUAUGACAGGGUCAUUGACAUCUCCGUUCAGUCACACCGAGAGGUACCACCUACCGGCCACGAACCGGAAAGCCCUCAGUCGCCCAAGAGCCCCACCCUGUCGAGAAUAGACCGGGACGAGACAAUCCGGACGCUGGCCGUGCCUGCGGUCCAGCCGAUUAGCGUCGAGCAGCAUGCGGUGUACAGAAGAUCGCUGAAAGCACAGCCCGGCCUUGCAGACCUUAUGACGUAUGAGGAUGGGUAUUGGGACGACGGGGACAUGGGUGAGGCGAUCAUCACCACUGUCAUGGCCUGCGCCGCGCCAUCAGGGAUCGUGGUCGACUCCAUUAAGCUCGUGAGACAGGAUGGCCGGCACGCCAAAAUUGUGGAUAGCUCGCUUGAUCAGGUCAUGGACGACUUCCUGACAGAAUGGCUAGCGGGAGAUGAGUUCUGCGAUCGGUGCAGGAUAACCUUGGCUACGAGAGACGACCUCUCAGAGGGGCAAGACAUCCCUGCGCCCGGUUCGUACGAACUCACAUGGAGAAGAGUUCUCCCAGACGGCGGCUACAGCAUGCCUGCAACCACCCAACUCUCGCUGCCCCCAUUGCGCCCGCCGCGAGACGGUCUUGUCGCGCUGCUCGACGUGCCGCCCAUCGCGAAGCUGCACAAGCCCUUCAAUCUCCGCCUCGUCAUCCGCAACCGGCAGCCGACGCGCUCCGCGAACGUUGUGGUGCACCUCGAGACGGACAACAGUGACGCGUUCGUCCUCGCGGGCCUACGCAACGGCAGGCUGCCGAUCCUGCUGCCUGGUGCUGAAGAGACGGUGUUAUGGAAGCUCGUGCCGGUCGAGUGUGGGUUCGUGCGGAUCCCGCGAAUGAAGGUAUCGGAUCGGAGGACGGACCCGGGCACAGAGGGCGAGCUACAGGAGCGGAUCAUACGGAUCGUGGACGUGCGUGCGGACGAGAGAAGGGAGGUGCAGGAGGAUGGCGGGGUGGAGGAAGUUCCACUGCCGACAGAGCCCGUGGUCCUCGUCCUACCAUGAUGUUUGUCUAUUGCGUGCUGCCAUGAUGGGUACAACCGUAUGUAGUGUACGAGAAGAGUGCGACAAACCAACAUAACUGCAAACAAUAUUCACGCGGGAAGUACAACCCACUUCAAGUCUC